UAUUUUCAGAAACAAAAAUUAAAUAGAAAAAAGAAGAAAACUAUGGAAAGAAUAUUUUGCUUCUUUUCUAUAGAUCCUGUUUUUCUCAAUUACUAAUACAGUAUUAUUUACAAUGGAGUUUUAUGACCGUGUGUAAUGCGGUUGUACAUUCAGUGUUUGCUCCGUAACAGUUUUUUAAUAUUUUAGAGCAUAAUAGUUUUAAUUAAAUUCAUUAUAGUCGCGAAAUUAGAGUCAGUGCCUGUUUGCCGAUUGUAAAUUAAAUAAUCGCGUUAAUAGUUUUUUAUAUAUUUUUUUUAAAUAUUCAUUUUAUCACUAGAAGAUAGAAUAAAUGCUUCUCAAAAGAAUAAAGCAAUCAUUAUGCGAAGAGGUUUUAUUUCUUCAUACAUGAUAAGUUAUUAAUGAUAAUUAUUUCGCAAUGACAUCCUAUGGAUUAUUGAUGCAGAUUCUUCGCAUCCAUCGUAGAAUGGACGGGCCGGCGGUAUUAUCGAUGCCGCCGAUAACCGCGCCCCAAAAAUCGGCACAAUCGCCGCAGCCGCAGUCGCAUUCGAAAUCCAAUCAGGAGUUGCAGGUGGGCACCGUGUCCCUUUACGGAAUUCACAUCGUGUCGCUGGUGAUCGAGGGCCAGGAGAGGCUGUGCCUGGCCCAGAUCAGCAACACGUUGUUGAAGCAGUUCAGCUACAACGAGAUCCACAACCGAAGGGUCGCGUUGGGCAUCACCUGCGUGCAAUGCACCCCCGUCCAGUUGGAAAUCCUCCGCCGUGCCGGGGCCAUGCCGGUCUCCUCGAGGAGAUGCGGCAUGAUUACCCGAAGGGAAGCCGAGCGUCUCUGCAAAUCGUUCCUCGGCGACAACGCGCCCCCCAGAUUACCCGAGGACUUCGCGUUCUCGGUGCACCACGAGUGCGCGUGGGGUUGCCGAGGCGCGUUCCUUCCGGCGCGUUACAACAGCUCCCGGGCCAAGUGCAUAAAGUGCGCCUACUGCGGCCUCUUCUUCUCGCCGAACAAGUUCAUCUUCCACUCGCACAGGAUCGGCCCGUCGGACAAGUACGUGCAGCCGGACGCGGCCAACUUCAACUCGUGGCGGCGCCACAUGAAACUGUCCGGCAACCCGCCGGACGAGGUGGUGCACGCGUGGGAGGACGUGAAGGCGAUGUUCAACGGGGGGACAAGGAAACGAUUGCUCAACAACCCGAACUCGAGGGAGUCGCCCAGCCCUGCCAAGCAGCCGAGAUCCUCGCCCACCGCCCAGAUGCCCACCCUCGUCCCCUCGCCCACCCAUCCACGGGUGCCCCCGUUCCCGGAAUUGCCUUUGCCGCUGUCCAGAAGCCUGGUCAUGGACUACGUGUGGCAUCAGCAUCAGCAAGCCGCCGCCGUCGCCGCCGUCAAGACGCCCGGCUUUCCCUUCUCCCCCUACGCUCUGCCGUGGCUGGCCAAGAGGGGACCGGUCCUCUUUCCCGGUCCUCUACCACCGCCGAUAAGCGGUUCCAGCCCCACGGAGCCGCUGAUACCAACGGUGAACCCGUCCUUGCAUCAAUCCGCGUUCCGCCCCGUGAUCCGUGGGCCGCCGAUCGUGGAACCGGUCGGCCAGGAGCAACACCCCUCGGACCACACGUCUGUCUCCCACAAAGAGGAUAACUCGGACGACGAAGUGGACAUCGAGACGACCGAGGACGAUUCGCCCCUCAACAUCGCCCCGCAGAACCUUCAUCAUUCCGUCUCGAGUUCCGCAACCGGCGCGGGCCACAGCGACUCGCCCCAGUGCUGGAGCCCACCGAGAGAAACCGAACGAGAGGCUGAAAAGAUAGCGGAGGAGGCGGCAGCUAUGCGCGACGUUAAACCGGAACUUCAACCCGCAAGAAGUCCCGACACCUGGCAGGGAAACAACUUCUAUCGACAUCUGAAUGCAAUAAAAAGCGCGGAGCAGGCCGAGAGGACGGGCACGACGGAUUGUUCCGCCUGCCAUCCUCCGCGAGGAAUAUUUUACAGCCAGAUUCAUAGCCCGUCUGCGCCCACUAAUUAAUCGACGCGAGAUGCAGCCG